UUGAUAGCAACUGUGCAAAAAGAAGGCCUUACAAGCCAGCGGGAUAGCUUGGGUGCUUGACCUGACACAUUCCGCUACCUAGCUGCCCAGCUUUGAUGUAAUGUCAAGAACAGAUUUGUGCAUUAUUCAAUCUGCUAGCUAAUUUGUACAGUGAUUAGUUCUAGCUGACUUGGCUAACUUGAAGUCUAGUUUUCUCUGGUCAGAAUGUAAACAAAACAUGAUUGCUGCUGUAGUUUGCUACAAGGCGACAGAACGAGAGGAGGUUUCAGAUCACCGUAUGCUCAUAUGACACUGUCCAGAAACCCACAAAUAAAAUACGGACAUAGUCGUGCAGCUGUCAAAUAGCUAGCUAGCUAGCAGAUUCUUACCAACAACAUACCAUGGCGAUGACGCUAUACCGAGAGACGGGCGUUGCGGACUUUUUAUCCUCGCAUUGACGUUUCAUGUUGUGUCUGAAAUAACCGCAACUGCACGGGCAAUUGGUAGAGCGUGGCCGUUUUGUAGUUGGAGCUGAUUACUAAGCCCUUCUCAAGCUAAAUCCGGAUACGCUGUGGUGGGACGACAUCGGUCCUUUUCCCUCUAACGUACUAACCUGGGCACACUGCAGGGUUUUGGAUGGGAUAAUGAGUCUAGUUAUAGAGGUUUUUCAGUCAAAUACAACUCUGAGCUCAUUACCCAUAUUAUAUUCAGCGUGUUUGAAAGACUAAGCAAAAAGUCCAGGAUGUCUUGGUUUGCUGAUCUGGCCGGAAGAGCGGAGGACUUCCUCAACAAAGUGGACCAAGGAGCAGCCACCGCUCUGACCAAACAACAGAGCCAGGUCGCCUCCCUCUCUUCGUCCUUCUCCUCUUCCUCCUACGACACUCAAGACCCUGCCGAUGCUUCCUCCCAGUACAGCCCUGCCGCGGAGGAGCAGCAGCAGCAUGGCUACCACACUACCCAUGAGCCCUCGCGGUUCAUCGUCGCCGCUGCGGGAAACAUCAAGAAGUCCACGGCCACUCUGCUGGCGGGGACCGCCAACGCGCCUGCGGCCUCGGCUAGCGGCUCCGGCGGCGGCGGCGGCUCCGGCUCUCUGAAGCCCUCUUCCAACUUCGUCCGGCCGAAGAAGCCGGAGCUGGACGACGAGCUCCUCUUCGACUUCCUCAACAGCUCGGACCCAGCCUCCGGCGGGAAGAGGGAGGCCAAGUGGGAGCGGCCCCGAGCGACGGGGUCCGGAGAAGGAGCGCCGCAGGCCGCCCCCGCCUCCGGCGCGCCUCCUGCUCCUCCGUCCGCCUCCUCCUCCCCCCGCUCCGCCCGCGGCCUGUCCCGAACCUCCAGCCUCAGCUCUCUGUCCACCAGCACCCACAGCGUCAAGACCUCGGAGGACAGCUCUGCCAAAGAGCCGAGCCAAGAUACGCCGGAGAGCUCAGACUCGGGCCUGGCGGGGCCGCUGGAGCAAGCGGCGGAGGAGUCGGUGCCCGUGGAGGAGCCGCAGAGUCAGGUUUUGUCCAGCCUGCGUCUGGAGAACCAGCUGCUGCGCAGUGAGGUGGCCUCCCUCAACCAGGAGAUGGCCUCGCUCAUCCAGAGAGCCAAAGACACGCAGGAGGAGCUGAACCAGGCCCGAGCGCGUGCUGACAGGUGGAACUCGGACCAGUCGCGAACAGACCGCUCGGUCCGAGAUCUGAGGUCGCAGGUCGAUGACCUCACGGAGGCCCUGUCGGCCAAGGACGGGCAGCUGGCCGUUCUGAAGGUCCGCCUGGACGAGGCCGACCAGCUGCUGAAGUCCCGGAGCUCUGCCCUGGAGGAAGCUCAGUGUGAGAAAUCCAGAAUCCUGCAGGACCACACAGAGGGGAAUAACCUGCACUCCCAGGCCCUGCAGACCCUCCAGGAGAGGCUGAGGGAGGCAGACUCUGCCCUCAAGAGGGAGCAGGACAGCUACAGGAAGAUGCAGAGUGAGUUCGCGGAGCGGCUGGGGAAGGUGGAGGCUGAGCGGCAGGCCCUGGCGGAGGUGGUGACGGGGGCGGAUCGGCGAGGGACGGAGGACCGGCGCAGGGCUGAGGAGCUCCAGCAGCAGGCGAAGAGCGCCCGCGCCGCGGCCGAGGCGGCAAAGCAGGAGCUUCAGGACUACAAACACAAGGCCUCGCGCAUUCUGCAGUCCAAAGAGAAGCUGAUCAGCAGCCUGAAGGAGGGCUCGGGAUUGGAGGCCUUGGAGGUGGGCGGGGCCGGGGCCCUGGAGCUGGAGGAGCUGCGGCACGAGAAGGAGCUGCAGAGGGACGAGAUCCAGGAGCUGCAGGGCCAGCUGCAGACGCUCCGCGCGGAGAUACAGGACCUGGAGUCGCAGGCGCUGACCGAGGCGGAGUCCUGGAGGGAGCAGCUGCAGGAGGUGCAGGACCAGCAGGCGGUCCAGGCCCGGGCCAAGCAGGAGGUGGAGGCCGAGCUGGAGCGCUGCAAACAGGAGCUGCAGUACUUGGAGGAAGAGCAGCACCGUGCUAAGAGCACGCUCCAAAGCCGGAUCAAGGACAGAGAGGACGAAAUUCAGAAACUCAGGAACCAGCUGACCAAUAAGACGCUGAGCAGCAGCAGCCAGGCAGAGCUGGAGAGCCGGCUGCACCAGCUGACGGAGACGCUGAUCCAGAAGCAGACGAUGCUGGAGGCGCUGGGCACGGAGAAGAGCUCGCUGGUCUUCCAGCUGGAGCGGCUGGAGCAGCAGCUGAAGAGCCUGCAGGGCGGCCAGGCCAACGGGCCCGCCAUCAACAUGAGCGGUGUGGAGGCGCCAGGCGCACGCAUCCGGAACGUGCCGGUCCUCUUCAACGACCACGAAGGCCCAGGCGCUGGCAUGUAUGGGAAAGUGCGCAAGGCAGCGAGCACCAUAGACAAGUUCAGCAUCCGGCUAGGAAUCUUCCUGCGGCGCUACCCCGUGGCCCGGGUCUUUGUAAUUCUCUAUAUGGCACUACUGCACCUGUGGGUCAUGGUUGUCUUGUUGACAUACACGCCCGAGAUGCAUGACGCCCCUCACGGAAGAUAGAAGAGACCGAACGACGGGGGAAGCUGGGGUUAAUGAAGCUUUUAAAAUCCGCCAGAUCGAAUCCGUUGAUUUGACUUGAAGCGUAAAAAUGAAUGAUGAAUAUCCUGUUGAGAUAUGAGCGAGCUGCUGAACUUGGACUCGAACUUUCCUGCGCGGAGCUGGUACCUGCAAUUUGCACACACCUGUUACGGGAUUCAGACCUUACAUGUUAUUUUUUUUUGUUUUCUUCUACCUUCUCCUUCACCAAAUAUGAUGUUCUCACUGACAAAUGGAAGCAUGAAAAUUUUACAGCAUUUAACUUGUACAUGGUUCCCAGGUAAUACAAUACAAAUUGGAGACUUUCUUGCUUCUUUUUUUCCCCUAAUUUAACUUUUAAAUUUCAUUUAUUAUUUUGUUUCUUUCUUCUAUACAGAUUGUAUUUCUUAACUUUAAUUUAACUUUUAAUAAACAUUGCAACAGACGUAGUGAGAACACA